AUGUUAGGGGCCAAGUUUGUUCAAUAUGAAUAUUCUAGUAGUUAGGGGUAUCUGAAUCGCUUAAAAGUUGUUUAGUACGAGAGGAUCGAUCAAUUUCACUCCUACCUGCUCUAGUCGUGGUUCUUCUAAGACUAGGUUUUGAUGAGGAGGACGAUCUUCCGAGACCACCGCCGGCAGCGGCGCCGCGGCCCGUUCCUCGAGCAUCUGCACAAAAGUCAGGCACAGGUCGCGCUACAUCUGACACUUUUCCGAGCACUGCCUUCGACGCUACAGAAGAACACUCGGCAACGUUUUUAAGGUCAUCUGGUGAUCAGAGGGAUCAUAUUUAGAGAUUGAUUCGCAAUUAAUUUCAGCGAGAGCAACGUACUCUUUCAGCAGCAUGAUCAUCUGCUUUAGACUGUGGGAACUCUUGGGAGUUACAGGAUCUAAGUACUUAGUUUCUCUACGCUUUUCUAUGAAGAUUUGUUUCUAUGAGUGAAUAAAGCUACAUGGCAUCAAUUUGUAUUGGGAGAUUGGCCAAAGUAGAGUCUACUCUUUCAUAUUUUGUGGAAGCAUCAGCGCGCGUUCCAAAUUCUACGCGGUCUCAGGGAGGGACGCGGUCUCAGCAGGGAGGGGAGAGAGCUCAGGGAGCGGAAGCAGACAAGACGAGUGCGCCGCCGCCAAGCAGGGCGCAAGCUGCCUCGCAACCGCGAGCCUCAUCCGGUAGUCAGAGCAGAGGGCAGCAGCAAGCGCAGAGUGCUCCGCGUGUGCAGCACCCUCCACCAGGCGUGUCUUUGCCGCCGAAGCAGCCAGGGUUUUCGGUGCCACCGUUUCCUCUAGGGUCAGCGCAAUCCAUGCCGCCUCAACAUGGAAUGUCUACUGGUCGAUUUCUGACGCAUCCGAGCGCAUCCUCUGUACAGCAGACUCCAGGGAGUCCAACAUUCCUACCGACAGGCUCGCCGCUGCCUCCUGAUAUUGCCGGUCCGCCGCAUUUUCAACAUCCUGGAGGAGGUUUCAUACCACCACAUCCACAGGCAUCUUUUGCCGCUGGAGGAUUUUCGCCGACCGCGCAAUUUGCGCAACCGCCAAAUUUCCAAUUCGGUGGAAGCAGUAGCAGCGUCCCACCACCUUCUACAAACGGCUUCCAGCAGGCAAGGCCUGCCGGCGGCGGGGCUGGAUUUCAACCAGGCUCUUCCUUUGGCAAUUUCAUGAACUUGCAAAUGGGUAGCGCUACUGCUAGUGCUGGGAACAUGACCACGACUACGAUAAAUGGCAACAUUGCGCACCAGCAGAAUUUUGGUCCACUAGGUAUCAACAACCUCGUCAAUCCCUCAACCCUUUUGGCAGAACAACACCGACAGCGCAAUCCAUUGCUCAGUGAGAUACAGCAGAACCAGUCUAAGAUUGCGACAUCAUGGAAUUUAGAGGCGGGAAAUCUUCCCUACGUGGACCUCGCACAGCUGGCUUCGAGUAUCUACUUUAUUUCCUCCUAACUUCAUUCUAAAGCUCAACGCUUAGAUGGAAUCCGACAAACUAUAACUACUGCAUCAUAAUUUGUGGACUGAACAUCGAAGAACUAGUUUGCAAAUAUUUUCAAGGACAAGAAAUUGAAAUUACAAAACGAGUAAAGUCGUGGAGGUACCACAUCAGAUACUAGACCAUUGAGACCACAUCAACGCAACUAAUUCAGUUUUCGGCAUUCCGUACAGCGAACCAACAGAGAAAGAGGAAAGGCGAGCAGCGCGAAAGGCUAGAGCCGCGCAGAGACAGGCUGCUGCAGGGCACGAUGCAUACCAGGACGUCUCUAGUUCGCUCACGGGUGUCAAGAAGUAUCAGGAGUGGAUGCUGAUGAUAGAGGAGCAUUAUCCGGAUCACGCAAAGAACGUCGAAGUAGUGCGGAAGCGGCGUGCAGAGGGUGUUAAAUGCGUCUCGAGACUAUUUUCAGAUCGCAGUAGCUUCAGUUUCCUUUGUCCCCCUGAUUAAGGCCUCGCGUACUGACUGGGAAAUGAUGUGGUACCUGUAAAUGAUAGAAGAGGUGAUAGAUCGAUAGAAAAUUCGGUAUUGAAUGAUCGCAAAAAUUGUCUAAUAAAGUGUUUACUCUCAGACAAAGAUGAUUCAUAUUGAAGGUACAACGAGUACGAGAAUCAAUAAUUAGCUUUUCAGAGCGACUGACUCCGAAUGAGGAGACGAACGACACUAGUUGGUUCGUCUGCUUCGGAAGCUCCGCUACCUCUAAUCCAUUGAGGAGACGACCACAGGAUGGCCAGGGUCAGCCAUGAUGGAAGAAUCUACCGGAUCUAUUAAGGCUACUGCUAAUCCAAUCCUAUAGAGAUUCCUGAACCGUAUACAGGGGAUAAACCACUUAUACUCUUGUUGAGGGAUCUACUCCACGGGGGUGACUUAGCCUUUGAUGUUGUAGCUCUAAAUCUAGAGAAGACAAUAGCACCAGUCGCGACGCCAGGCCUGGCUCUACAGGUAGGUACAACAAUACUGUUGGAAUGAGCAAUAAGACGCGUCCUGGUGUAAAGUCAUCGAUGUCAGUAUCUGCAAAGGCGGCAAAACUAAAAAGCGAAGGCGAGGAGUUGCGCUCUGCCUCUGGUGCUACGUCGAAGGCAAAUAAUAUUAAGGCUCUGAAAUUGUAUAGUGGUAGUGGGAUCAGGACCAUCAUCAUGCUUGUUUAAUCUUUUACCUAUCUCGCUCCGAUGAUGCACAGGCGUCGCGUCAGUCGUUUUCUUGAUUCGGUUAUACGUAGAAGACACGACUAGAAAGAUGAAUUCAAGAAGUUUUGUGCCUGGUAUAGAGAAGGUUAUGUGUGUGUGUGAGUAGACUCAUACCAAAUGAACUCGCAGCGACCACAGCGAGAAUUUUUCUUCGACUAAGAUUUCGUCGCGGUCAGGCCACCCUCAAUUGGAGUCUAUGAAACCCGUGAUUCCACCCGACACGCUGAUUCUGCCGUUCGGGCUGAAUAUUCAUCAGCAGAAGUUCCAACUCGAGGAAAAACAGAAGAAAAGCACAUGUACACGAGGCACCCAGACAGAAGAAAGCCUACUUUUGCACUACAUCCAGGAAAGGUUACUAGAGCAAAGCCAGCGAAUGCUCAAAGAGAAAAUACUGCAGCUGCAGGCUGCCUCCGCCAAUCACUUCCUCUCUACGUUUAGUUAUGGACUUACUCUUAGAGAGGACACGGGUCUACUAGUGAAGGUGAACGGAAACGCCAAGUGUUCUUUCGAAGAAGAAAGUCUUGGUCACCUUAGCGAAGAUCUCAAUCGAGUCCCUCGCUCGUUCUCUACCAACUUCUUUGAUACGCAUCCAUAAGUGGAUUAGAAAUAGAACUAAGUACCUAGUAGUCUCAAGAAUGACUGAAUGUGACACUCUAACUUGCGCAGCUGGGGGGCCUCGGCAGUUACGGAGCAGCUGCGGACAAAGAAGCAAGAGAUUCGGGCAACCAGUCCACAUAUAUCGCUCCACCAGUGAGGCAUUAGUCCAUGCAAAUGCCUCGGAAUAUGUACUUGUAUCCGUGGUAUCGCGUACCUGUCGUACGCUUCAUCGAUUCAAUUCUUGGCACUUCUCCUACGCUUCAAAGUCAUGGCGUUUUGUACUUGCUUUGAGAAUACGCUUGUUCGUUUGUACAUUAUCAAAAAUAGGACCGCCAAUCCAAUUCCAAGAGAUUUAGGAACCGGGGAAAGAACGGUAAAAAUUGCUACCUUGAACAUCAUCUACGUCAAAUGCUUUGUAAUUGAUACCGCAACCGACUAAGUAGGACAACACCUUCCUACAUCUAAUUAUACCUGAACACAACAUGAUGCAUUCCACAUCUUCGCACCCUCUUGAAAAAAAUUCAAACUAACUACCGACGAAAGAGAAAGCAAGCGGCAACAUCAUUGACGAAUAUGAAUAUAUCUCAAUUCAUUCAUCUUUAUAAUGAAUAAUUUAUGGAUGUCAAUCGCUGAACCAACGCUUCCUUGAGUUGAAAAGGCAUCCACGUAAAAUCAAUUACCGGGAUGCCUCGCCUAAUUGUUUUUGCCGAACCGCGACCGCGUCAAUCUAGAGAAUGAAG